AUGGUUUGGUGGGGUGCAGGCGGAGAAUUGGGCAGGAGAACUCUGGGAGUGAAUGGUGACUGGUGCAUGGAUGGUGGUGGGCUGGAGAUGGGUGGCGGGAUGGCAUCUGAGAAUUCUCAGGAGUUGUGCUGGUGGCUAAGAAGGGGUAUCUACCUGUGUGGCCACUCAGCUGGGGGUCACCUAGCGGCCAUGAUGCUGGCUUGUGAGUUCGCUGAAGACGACGCCUUCGACAGCGAGAUGAUCAAAGGUGCGGCUCUAAUCAGUGGAGUGUAUGACCUCCGGCCUCUGACGAAAACAUACGUCAAUGACCCGCUGAAACUGAAUGAGGAGGAUGCGUGGCGGUUCAGUCCUGCCAACUUCAUCGCCGAGAUUGCUGGCCUCAGUCAGCAGCGCGACAUCCUCAUUGCUGUAGCAGAAUACGACCCACCAGAGUUCCGCAGACAAAGUGCUGAUUUGGAAAAAGAGCUGUCUGCCAGAAAGGUGAAGACGAGGUACAUGGAUGUCAGCGACACAGAUCAUUUUGAUGUCAUCGAAAAAUUGCAGAAGGAUUCUUACAGGCUCACAACGGAACUACUAAGACUAAUGAAGCUAUCAUAAGAGCUCAUGCUUUGUGAAGAUGGCUAACAACUGCUGCCACCCAUCCAGAUUCGCAUUGGUUUAUGACGCAGUUGAUGUUCUCAGUGCACCUCCCUGAUGAUUUAUAUGACCUGGC